AAGAAGCUUGGGAGAUGUAGCCACCCCCACAUAUACACCGCCACCACCACUCUCACUCUAUCAAGAAAAAACUUCAUUUCACUCAAAACUUCCCUUUCAAACUCACAUUCCAAUCUUUAUUCAUAAACAUGACACAAAUGGGUAUUCUCAGGUGGCCCAAAACCACUCCCACCACCACCACUUGCGACGGCUCCACCACCACCACCACCACCAUCAACCAUGGUUCAUCACCACCAUCACCACCACAUUGUUGCAGCCUAUCGAAGCUAGUGAAAAAGCUGAAGAAGCACAGCCGAUUAAUGCUACGAACACCGCCUAGUCGGCAAUCCUCGUUCCAAUGCCGGUACGAUCCCUUGAGCUACUCUCUCAACUUCGACACCACCGGUUGCGGAGCCUCCUCGGAUGAUCAUGACCAAGAUUACUACCAGUUCUACGCCUUCUCGUCGAGGUUCGUCGCGGCCCCCAAGACCGUACUCGACACAAAAUACACAGAUGUAACACAAAAUGUCCGCAUUCCGUCCCAUUAAGAUAGUGGAAACUUUUGGUUAGUGUCUUUUCUUUUCUUUUUUUUAAUGACGAAAAACAUGUUUACGAGUAAAAUCUGAAUAUUUGUAAUGGUUGAAGAAGCACAGGUAUCGAUUAAACUCGAAAGGCAGUAAUGAGAGUUGAAGCAUGAAUUCAAAUUUAUAAUUUGUUCCCUUA